GACGAGCAUCAGGACGGACGAGCUGGCUGGCUUCGGAGAGGUUCUCCAAGCUUCCCCGACCUUCUGCCACCUUCCCAGCUCCCGUUACUUAGGCCCCCCCCUCGCUCACCUCCCUUCCAUCUCAUGCCAUCUUAUCUCAUCUUCUGAGCCCUACCCUGACCCCGUUGAGACUCGGCAGAGCCGGCAGGUUUACGGAGAUCGGCAUUGCAGUGUGUAUUUGGUUGAGUGGAGUGCAGCAUUCAGAUUCAGAGGGUGUUUUGAGGCUGAGCAGGGAUGGCCGGCAAAGGCGAGGGUACUGCCAUUGGCAUUGAUCUGGGAACCACGUACAGUUGCGUAGGAGUGUGGCAACAUGAUCGCGUGGAGAUCAUCGCAAACGACCAGGGGAACCGGACGACGCCAAGUUAUGUGGCGUUCACGGACACGGAGCGUCUGAUCGGUGACGCCGCCAAGAACCAGGUGGCCAUGAACCCGACCAACACUGUGUUCGAUGCGAAGAGGUUGAUCGGCAGGCGUUUCAGCGAUGCGUCCGUCCAGAGUGACAUGAAGUUGUGGCCUUUCAAGAUCACCCCGGGACCAGGAGAGAAACCCAUGAUCAGCGUGCAGUACAAGGGCGAGGAGAAGACGUUUGCCGCCGAGGAGGUGUCGUCCAUGGUGCUGAUCAAGAUGAAGGAGAUUGCGGAGGCGUAUCUCGGGUUCACGGUGAAAAACGCCGUGGUGACGGUGCCCGCAUACUUCAACGAUUCGCAGAGGCAGGCGACAAAGGAUGCCGGAGUGAUUGCCGGGUUGAACGUGUUGCGUAUCAUCAACGAGCCGACCGCCGCUGCCAUCGCGUACGGUCUGGACAAGAAAGCGACGUCGGUGGGCGAGAAGAACGUGCUGAUCUUCGACUUGGGAGGUGGGACAUUCGACGUGUCUCUGCUGACGAUCGAGGAGGGAAUCUUCGAGGUGAAGGCCACAGCCGGAGACACCCACUUGGGAGGGGAGGAUUUCGACAACAGGAUGGUGAACCACUUCGUGCAGGAGUUUAAGCGCAAAUACAAGAAGGAUAUCAGCAGCAACCCGCGUGCUCUGAGGAGACUGAGGACUGCCGCAGAGAGGGCGAAGAGGACCCUUUCUUCGACCGCCCAGACGACGAUCGAGAUCGACUCCUUGUACGAGGGUGUGGACUUCUACUCGACCAUCACCCGUGCGCGGUUCGAGGAGUUGAACAUGGACAUGUUCAGGAAGUGCAUGGAGCCCGUGGAGAAGUGUUUGAGGGACGCGAAGAUGGACAAGUCAUCAAUCGACGACGUUGUGUUGGUGGGCGGAUCCACCCGUAUCCCGAAGGUACAGCAGCUGUUGCAGGACUUCUUCAACGGCAAGGAGCUGUGCAAGUCGAUCAACCCGGACGAGGCUGUGGCCUACGGUGCGGCGGUGCAGGCUGCAAUUUUGUCCGGAGUGGGCAACGAGAAGGUCCAGGAUCUGCUGUUGUUGGAUGUGACUCCUCUGUCUUUGGGUCUGGAGACCGCAGGAGGUGUGAUGACAGUGCUAAUCGCGAGGAACACGACGAUUCCGACGAAGAAGGAGCAGGUGUUUUCGACGUACUCGGAUAAUCAGCCCGGAGUGUUGAUUCAGGUGUACGAGGGCGAGAGGGCUAGGACGAGGGACAACAACUUGCUCGGGAAGUUCGAGCUGUCGGGAAUUCCCCCCGCCCCCCGUGGUGUACCCCAGAUCACCGUGUGCUUCGACAUCGAUGCGAACGGUAUUUUGAACGUAUCUGCGGAAGACAAGACGACGGGACAGAAGAACAAGAUCACGAUCACGAACGACAAGGGUCGUUUGUCGAAGGAUGAAAUCGAGAAGAUGGUGCAGGAGGCGGAGAAGUACAAGUCGGAGGACGAGGACCACAAGAAGAAGAUCGAGUCGAAGAACGGACUGGAGAACUACGCGUACAACAUGAGGAACACGAUCAAGGACGAGAAGAUUGCGUCGAACUUGGACGCGGCGGACAAGAAGAAGAUCGAGGACGCAGUGGAGGCCGCGAUUCAAUGGUUGGACCAGAACCAGUUGGCGGAGAGCGACGAGUUCGACGACAAGAUGAAAGAGUUGGAGGGCGUCUGCAACCCGAUCAUUGCCAGGAUGUACCAGGGAGGUGCAGGAGGCGAGGGUGGUGCACCAUCUAACGGAGGAAGCGACUCAUCUCCGUCCGGCGCAGGACCCAAGAUCGAGGAGGUCGACUAAACGGAUGACAAUCUGUCGGGGUGCGGUGGUUUCGCACACGAUCGUAGACGCGAAGAUUUUGUGAGACCAUUCUUUCUUUGCAGUAGGCGAGGGCGCCUCUGAUCGUGGAGAGGUGUAUGUAGAGGUCUAGUUGUAAGAUUCAUUUUUCCUGUGAUUAACGGUUCGGAGCUGAUUUGGAUGCUCGUCGGACCCGGAAGCAAACAUUUUGUACUUAAUACGGAGGCCGUGAAAUGCAAUGAGCUUGAGCUACUCAGUCGAUUGUGUCGGACUUUGGGGGUGCUUACGCAUGUUUCUGAUUUAA